CCUUUCACUUCCUUCCAGGCUGAGUCACUGCUGGUGAGGAGGACGGUCUGGAGAGGGAAGGAGAGAGGAGGAGGAGGAGGUGGAGGAGGAGGGGGGGGAGAAGAAGAAGAAGAAUAAGAAGGGAGGAAGACAGUGGGAUAAGCCACAACAGGAAACAAAACGACACAUACACACACCCCGCGUGUUUGUGUUUGUGUGUGUGUGUGUCUGAGAGUGCGCGAACGAGAGGUUGAACGGGAAAGGAAGGGAGGGAGAGUGACGCGGAGGCUGGGAGAGCCGGCCCCCCACCCAUCCUCCUCCUCCUCUCCUCCUCUCUCUUCUCCUCCUCUCCUCCCCUCCUCCCUCUCUCUCUGUGGAGCAGGCGUGUAGCGGCACUAGACUCGGCGUGAAGGAACCAUGAGCGAUGUCACCAUCGUUAGAGAGGGAUGGCUCCAGAAACGGGGUGAAUACAUAAAGAACUGGCGGCCGCGUUACUUCCUGUUGAAGACGGACGGCUCCUUCAUCGGCUACAAAGAGAAACCUCAGGAUGCAGACCUGCCCUACCCCCUAAAUAACUUCUCUGUAGCAAAAUGUCAGCUGAUGAAGACGGAGAGGCCGAAGCCAAACACCUUCAUCAUACGCUGUCUCCAGUGGACCACGGUCAUAGAGAGGACCUUCCAUGUGGACUCGCCUGAUGAGAGAGACGAGUGGACGGAGGCCAUCCAGAUGGUGGCCGACAAGCUGCAGAGACAAGAGGAGGAACGGUUUCAGUGCAGCCCCACCUCCCACAUCGACAACAUGGUGGAGGAGGAGAUGGACAUCUCCACCACGCACCACAAACGCAAGACGAUGAGCGACUUCGACUACCUGAAGCUGCUGGGGAAGGGGACCUUUGGGAAGGUCAUCCUUGUCCGAGAAAAGGCCAGCGGCAAAUACUACGCCAUGAAAAUCCUGAAAAAAGAAGUCAUCAUCGCCAAGGAUGAAGUGGCCCACACACUCACAGAAAGCAGAGUACUAAAAAACACCCGACACCCCUUUCUCACUUCAUUGAAGUAUUCAUUCCAGACUAAAGACCGCCUCUGUUUCGUCAUGGAGUAUGUGAAUGGAGGAGAGCUGUUUUUCCAUUUGUCAAGAGAGCGGGUGUUCUCCGAGGAGCGCACGCGCUUCUACGGCGCCGAGAUCGUCUCGGCUCUAGACUACCUGCAUUCAGCCAAGAUUGUGUACCGGGACCUCAAGUUGGAAAACCUGAUGCUGGAUAAAGAUGGCCACGUCAAGAUCACAGAUUUCGGCCUCUGCAAGGAGGGCAUCACAGACGCUGCCACCAUGAAGACGUUCUGUGGCACGCCCGAAUACCUCGCACCGGAGGUCCUGGAGGACAACGACUACGGCCGGGCGGUGGACUGGUGGGGUUUGGGCGUCGUGACGUACGAGAUGAUGUGCGGCCGACUGCCGUUCUACAACCAGGACCACGAGAAGCUGUUUGAGCUCAUCCUCAUGGAAGACAUCAAGUUCCCGCGCACGCUGUCGUCCGACGCCAAGUCCCUGCUGUCGGGCCUGCUCAUCAAAGACCCCAACAAACGGCUCGGUGGAGGACCAGAUGACGCAAAAGAAAUAAUGAGACACAGUUUCUUCUCUGGCGUCAACUGGCAGGACGUGUAUGAUAAAAAGAUGGUCCCUCCCUUCAAGCCUCAGGUGACGUCGGAGACGGACACCAGAUACUUUGACGAGGAGUUUACGGCUCAAACCAUCACCAUCACUCCUCCGGAGAAAUUCGACGAGGACGGGAUGGACUGUCUGGAUAACGAGAGGAGGCCGCACUUCCCACAGUUCUCCUACUCUGCCAGUGGCCGGGAAUGACCUGUCCAUCACGGUGACAUCAUCACAGAUGGUCUCUGAGGUCAUCAGUGUGGGACAAAAAGACCCACAGCUUUGGCCCUCCCCAGAAAGACUUGAAGGAUUGUCCUCCUCUCCUCCUCAUCCUCCUCCUCCUCUUUUUCACCUCUGCAGUCUUCUCCUCUAUUCAUUUAAAUUGUGAAUCCCUUUUUUUAGAGGGAACUUCCAGGCAAAAUUCCUUUCUAAUCCUGCGCUGCAACCCCAGGUGAUCCGAAACUGUGAUGUGAUCAGUUACUAUGUAAUGUCCCUUUAAUGACCGGAGCAUCACCGGUGGCCUGCUGUGCUUUGACAUGUGUCGAUCCUGGCAGACUCUAAGAAACAAACACUCUUGAACUAGUUAGACAACAGCUGAUGCAUUAAGGAGAUGUCUGUGUGGCUCUCUCAUCUGUGAGGUGGAGAUAUAGCAUUUAAGUCACUCGAACCUAAACUGCCGUUACCGGUUGUAUCUCAGGCUUUUGCAUACAGACGGAUAACGCUCAGAGAGGCACCCGGGUCUGAUUUCAAAUCCUCAUAAUUCUGGGAUGGAUUGAGGCUGCCUGGCUUUGAGGGAGCAGUUGUCACCAGAAUCCGACACAGCUCACAUUGUCGAGUAGGAUUUGACUCAGGUUUUGCUCAGUGCAAUUCAUUAUUGUUGUUGCUGCUAUUUUAACUACUACAGGUACUACUAUUCCUACUACUGCUCCACUUCUAUUAAAACCCGGUGCUACACUACUAGGUUAAUGCUGCAGAUAAUCAUACAGGCGCCAGCAACACAUCAGCCACCUGUAUUAAUAUCUAGGCUUGUACAGCUGCAGCACAGGUGUUGCUUUUACUCCUAAUGUUACUCAUCGGCUCUGUGGACUUCAGACGCGAGAAAGGAUGACGUGUGGUGUGUGUGUAUGUGUGUGUGACGGUGCAAGGUCCUAUUAUGGGUUUGUGUUUAAGAGCGCACCUCAAAGCACAGCAGUUCAGAAGGAUGAAGUUCCCGAACCAUGAGCUUUACUACGUUACCCACAAUGGUUGAUAUAACCAUCAUAAGGAGGUGAAAAUGAGAGGAAAUCAGUUAGUUUGAAUCCCCCCCCCAACCUUAAGUCCCUCUGAGUUUGAUUCUCCUCUGUCCCAAAAGGGAACACACAAGCUAAAGGGUACUUUGUGUUGAUGAUGAAGCUUUACUGUGACAUGUUGUUGUCAUGGUUUCGGGAACCACACGGCUGUACCUCCCUGUCUUUGUGCAGGAAAAGAAACUGCAGCAGGAAAAGAGAAGCCCAAGAUGGCAGGCUGGGCUUCGUGGAUGAGGAUAGAGAGCGAGUACAGGGGGACGAAGCUCCAAGAAUGAUGAGAAAUGUAUGUUAUGUUAUAAUUUAUGACGUAUUGAUGACUGAGGUAACAGCUGAUUUCCUGUUUCCUGUGAGAUUCUUAGGAAGGAUUUGUAUUAAAAAGACAUUAUGGUCUCCCAGGAGGUACACAUUAACAACGCUAUGGGUUUAAUCACAUCAAUGACUAUAAUAUAUCUAUAUAUAUAUAUGUGUAUGUAUACAUAUAUGUGUAUGUAUAUAUAUAUAUUGUUCUACUCAUCAAUUUUAUAUUUAACUUUUUCUAUUGUUAUUACAUUAUUCUAGAAAAAUUAUUUCUUAGGGCUGAGAAAAGAAGAAAAAAAGGCACCCCAAGAAACGAAAAUGGCUGAAGAAUGUCAGAGGGAAAGCAGAUCGUAUUCCUGCUUCAUUGCUAAGUUGAAUUACGUUUUUGUUUAGUUUCGUGACCAAAAUGUGACAUCAAGAGAUGACAGGAAGCAUUAAAGAUGGGUGGUAGUGUACUGUGAGCUGAAAUAUAUAUAAAUAUAAUUCCCCUUUAUUUAACUUUAUCCAAAUCAUCCCACCGGGGUUUAUGAGCGCUCAUCUCUCUUGUUUGCUUAUUGACACACUCAUGUUCCCCGAUUUAAAUCUGAUCCCAGGAGUGUGUGUUGGUGCAGAGUUCAGAAAGACAAAUUGGAAGUUGAGCAGAAAGAAACCGAGUGCAGCGCAGACGUCUAAAUGUAAAGCGGUAAGAUUGGAAAAAAAGUCGGCACUGAGUGGUAAGAGCUAUAAUUUUUUACUGCAAGUGUGUGGAGUCAGAGAAGAGGAGUAAGCGUGAUAAUGGAGUUUGGUUAUGAAUAUGUGGUUCGUAAGGUCAGACACGCCUCUUGUCAUUCCUCUGGUCUGGUUUGUUUGCGUCAUGUCUUCCAGUCUGACCAACAACAUUUAAAAUCCACUCAAUUUCUCUGUCUUCAGAAACACCAGUAAGCCUUAUGGUUUAAAUCAGAUGACAUCCAGCAAGAAAUCACAAGAUGUGAGGAAAUAUAUUUUUUUAAAUGGGAAAUUUCAACUGCAUCCUAAAAAAAUAAACAUUUAACGAGAGCACCGGGGGAAAUGCUCUGAUUAGACAUAGGACAUUGUAUUCCAAUAUUUAUUUGAAUGUUUUCACUAACAUCGUUGAUGGAUAACUUUAAUUUAUUUUCUAUUUAAUUUAUUUGAUGUCGUUUAGGAGUUUAGAGGUCAGGGGUUGUAGUCGUGUUUCACUCUGCAGUUUAGGUCCCCAGAUAUUGUUCUAAAAAUAAAUCUUUUGUUUUUCUUUAGAUAUUUCUCAUACGAGAAAUGACCUUUUUUUCUCUCCGCUGCUCAUAAGUCCAUCUGCUUUACACCUGCACAUCCAUUAAAUUGCUAUUAGCUGGCAAAGGCGCUUCAUGGCAGGAGGUAGAAAAGGAUGCUGCUGGCCUGUAUGCGGCCGUCCUCCGUCCGCACUAACAGUCAGUCACACUGGGAACUCUUAUGAAAAACACUCUGUGAUCGAUUGAGCCUGUCUGGCAAAGCUGAAGCAGCCGUGACAGUCUCAAGCAAACGCUCACAAGCAUUUGGAAGGAAUUCGAAUAGCUUUGAUUUGACCCAGGACUUCGAGCAACGGAGGACGUCUAGCUGUCUGCGCACGCUUACCGCCAACAUCAUUAGAAGUUCAUAAAACUAUUUUUGUCCUUCUUUAAACUACUUUAGAGCUUUGGCCACAGCAGCUUCACGUGCAGCAAUGUUCAGAGGAAUCUGAUUAAACCCUGCUUUAAAUAAAUGUGUGUAGCUUCCAUAUUCGUUUUUUUUUUUUUAAAAGAAAGAUAUUUUUAUCGCACAUCUUCCCUCCACAUACAACCGAUAGCUUUGAGGUUGCUCUAAAGUCUUCAGUCGGACCUGGGAAGUCACCGUGUGCCAGAGAUGAGUCAGUGGAAAUGUUCAGUAACUUGGUCACACUGUUGAGAUACAUCUACAGACGGACUCCUCUUGUUUUGACGUGUUCCCUCCCUCAAGUCUCCCACUCUAAGGUCAGAGAUCAAGUAGGACAUGUUUACCUUCAACAACUGUAGGCGGAGAAACUGGAGCUUAGUCGUCCACGUCACCAAUGUGGGUUUCCCUGACAGACUGUGAAUGAACAUUUCUUUAACCGCCGGCCUCCUCACAGCUCUACUGGUGUGAACCGACAGUCUGUGAGAUCUGUGACGCUGCACCGCCCGUGUUCCCUCUUAAAGCUGCUGCCGUUUGUUCUGUACAUCAAUCACACAACAGAUCCGACUCCAAUACUGUUUGAAUAACAUGUCAAAUCCUUUCAAGGACCUCAGCUGCUCCGUAUUGAUCUUGCCUGUUAAUGAACUGCCGGCGUCAGCCAAUAACAAACCUCAUUCCGCCCGGUGUUUAAUGCAGUUGAGUAAACGGCUCCCCGUGUUUGGAAGGACGUCUGAAAGUAUGUGACCUUGUGUCUGCAACAGACUUCCUCCCCUCUCUUUCUCUAGUGCUAGACUACUGUCAUGAUUAUUAACAUGAACAAGCAUGAGGUGCAUUUAUUUAUAAACGGCAAACAUGUACAAAUAAUACAAAGUGUAAUUGAGUCGAUCCCAUGUCCAUCUACUGUAGCUUUACAGCUGUGUGAGACGUGUGGACAGCUGCCAGCUGUUCUCAGAGAGGGCCGUGUUUCCCUGAAGCCCUGUUAUCCUGAAUCCAGCUCUCCUCUCUGACGCGUCGGCGGAGCAGAACUGAUAUCGACUCUGAGACGUUGUGUCGGGAAACUCAGCAGAUCGAUCAAACGGCCUUUUUCUGCCCCCCAUGCUGUCGGGAUGCGGGGCUGUUGGCCGGUGAGGCCUCGAGGAUGUGAAAACAACACAUUACCAUCACCACAAAGCUGUUUUUUACACUGUACAUCCUUAGUAUUUUUACAAUGUAUAUGAUGGGGAUGCACAUUAUUUUCCUUCUUACAGACGGCUUCAAUAAAGCACUAUGUCAAUCUGC